AUGGAUCCAAGCCCAUCAACACUCCCAAACGCUUCCUCUUCCUCCCAUUCCUCCUCCCCAUCCCCUUCCCCCACCAAAUUCCCCUCCAAUUGCCCGCCGCCGCCGCUCCACCACCAAAUCCCCAAUUGGCUCUCCCCCUCCGCCGCCGUCGCCGUCGCCCCCAAUUUCAACCUCGACGACUCCCCGCGGCAGGAGGCGGCGAUAGAGAAAGAAGGGAUGUUCGAGAAGCCUCUGACACCGUCGGACGUGGGGAAGCUGAACAGGCUGGGUAUACCCAAGCAGCACGCCGAGCGCUACUUCCCCCUGCAGGGCGCCGACGCGGUGGAGAAAGGGAUCCUGCUGGGCUUCGAGGACGAGGCGGGGAAAUGCUGGCGGUUCCGCUACUCCUACUGGAACAGCAGCCAGAGCUACGUCCUCACCAAAGGCUGGAGUCGAUACGUUAAGGAGAAGCAGCUGGACGCCGGCGACGUCGUUUUGUUCGAGCGCCACCGCGGGGACCAAGACCAGUUGUGUAUCGGCUGGAGGAGGCGAGGCAGCGGCGGCGCCAGUAACAACAACAAUGUUAAUAACAAUAACUCUGAUCAUCAUCAUCAGCAGCAACAACAACAACAUUACUACAAUCAGGCGGUUGGCGAUGGAGGAGUGGGAUGGGGGAGAGGAUCAGUGGUUGGGGAUUUGGUGGUGGAGCGGCGGCGGGCAAUUGGAGGGGAAUUUGGUGGGGGAAGGGGAUGGGGAGGAGGAAUUGGAGGAAGAGGAAGCGUUUGGGAGUGUUGA